AAGUUCUUUGUGCAAGGGAAUUAUGGUCGUGCUUGACCCAGACUUGAGCUUGUGAGGGUCCCUGGACUUUCAGAUGCUUUCACUCACCAAAUGUGACUCAUUCUUUGCUGCACACGCCACACAGAAAAAUCCACACAAACGUAUGAGAAGUUGGUAUCUUGGUGUGAUAAUGACUUUGGUCAUUCAGUAAAAGUGACUUGGAUGGACGGAUAUCAGAAAGAAUGACAUCCACCUACUCACUUUUUCAGAGUCCACAACUUUUGAAUACUUCAGUAACAGUACAAUAAAUCAAACUACCUGCUUUCAGACCCCAUCUUGGCUGUCUCCAGCAAACAGCCCUACCCUUGAGUUCAAUGAUGGCCUUAUAUAACAAUGGAAAAACUGUCAAAGAGAUCUAAUACAGCAAAGGCUACAUCAGCAAGCAGUAAUAGCUGUAGGCUUCAGGGGCACAGUCAACAAGUAACAAGUUUGGCUGUAUCACUGGAUGGCUGUUUUCUUUCUUCAGGCUCAUCUGAUGAAACUGUAAGAGUGUGGCAUAUUGGUAGCCAGCAGUGCCUUAAAGUUUUGAAACAGAGAGGACCAGUUGCUGGAGUUUCGUUACUGUUACGACCAAGGUUUUUGAUGAACAAACUUUGUUUCACCAGUUGUAUUCAGCCUUUGCAACAAAACUUACAUAGCCUUAAAGAAGACUUUAAAGCAUUGAGGAAUUUAGAUUGUGAUGCUCACAGUGUUCUGCCUGUUUUUGUACCUUCGUCAGAUGACUAUGAAAAUGAACUAAGACAUACAUGUUACAGUCGGGAAAUGCCAUUGUCGGUCUUUGAUGUUGGAGAUAAGCAAGAUGAUCAUAAUGAACAGUGCCACAUGAAGAAGUUGGAAUUGACCAAUGAACAGUUGUACCAGUUUGGCAUUCAGCUGCUUUCUCAUGAGAUGCAUAUUCACAAAAAAUAGAAAGGUUAUUAGAAUAUACACUGUAUAACCUUGUGAUAGAUAUGUUUGUGGCUAUUGUGACUAUAUCUACUCACACGCCUUUGGUUAAGUUGUACAACUGUCGUUUGGUGAAUAUUUGAAAGGAUGUACUAGAUACUUACCAGAUUUCUAGUACCAGGUGUAUAUUAUUGAAGAGUAUUAGCAAUUUAAUUAUUAUUUAUGUCAGGAAUUAGGAAGACUGAUAACUCAAAUAGAAAUUUGACAG